AUCCAAAUGAUUAAAGAAUUCGGAAUCCGACAUAAAAACCAAAUCGAUUUAGUUUGUUUAUGUUACAUAUAGAGGGAGAAAAGAGAGGCAUCCCGCGGCGGCAACGGCGAAUAGUGAUUGAUUUGAAUCGAUAGGCUUGGAAUUUGUGAGCGAUGUCCCGAAAGCUCCGAUCAAGUCUCCUUUAUUUGAUCGCCUCCGUCUUAUUUUUAGGUUCAAUAUAUCACAAUAUUUUCCGGUCUUCAAUCUCCGACGACAAUUUUGUUCGGCUCUCCCCGAAUUACAAUCGCCACUUUCAUCAGCAACAGCUCUCUAUUAAAACCUCUGAUUCGACCCUAUCUCCAACGUCUACUAUUCCUACUUACUCUGUUCUGCUUCCAGCGUGGCAGGUUUUGGUGGUUGUUUCCCCGGAAAUCACUCCCGUUUCCGAUGACUUUUUCUGUUUGUUUCCUCACAAUGAAGUCUCGCCGGCGCGUGCUUCCGGUCGACCGGAGCGGAAGACCUUCACUUGCGAGCUUCCUGUUAAGCUUCGACGGAGGAGUCCUUUUCCGGAGCCUGUUCUGAUCAAAUCCCCGGCCGGUUUGUUACCGGCGACGAUUCAGUCUCCGGCGGAGAUGCUACGGUGGAAUUACCUGGUGUACGAAGCCAUGUUUACUGAAAUCGACGUGGUUGUAUUCGCCAAAGGCGUGAACAAGCGGCAAGGCAAAAACUGGGACCCAUGGGAGUUGAAUUGCGUGUUUGGUGAUGACGUGGCUAACGCCGUUAGAACAGCCGUUACCACGUCAGCUCAAGAAGUGUUCCGCUGUCAACUCCCGGAUUUAACGUCGUUAUCCUCUCGUUUAAUCAAAGUAUCUCUCGAAUUUUGCGGUGCAAGUAAACGAGUGAUUCCUUCAAUAGCUUACGCAGAAGCUUCAAAUGUUGUGGUAGCAAAAUCAGAGCCCAAAUCACUAUUAUGCGCCUGCACUAUGGUCUAUAACGUUGCUAAGUUCUUGAGAGAGUGGAUAAUUUACCAUUCGAAAAUCGGAGUCGAUAAGUUCAUACUGUAUGAUAACGCCAGUGAAGAUGAAUUUUAUCGAGUGGUGGGAGAGCUUGUUGAGCAAGGGUAUAACAUUAGCACGAAGUUCUGGCAGUGGCCUAAAACGCAAGAAGCUGGCUUCUCACAUUGUGCAAUUCACAAUAGAAAUACUUGUAAAUGGAUGAUGUUCGUUGAUGUCGAUGAGUUUGUGUAUUCCGCCUCCUCCUCGUCCUCCUCAUCGUCGAUGCUCAUCAAGUCGUUGUUACCCAACCAGACGGACUCCAAGCUCACACCGCGGGUGGGGGAGGUCAUUAUUGGAUGUCAUGAAUUCGGGCCUUCUGGUCACGAGUCUCAUCCAUCUCAAGGCGUAUUACAAGGCUACAAUUGUAGGAAAGCCAUGGAGAAUCGUCACAAGUCUAUUGUUUUAUUGGACGCGGUGGAUGAUUCUUUGGUUAAUGUGGUUCAUCAUUUUCAUUUGAAACAAGGUUACGCAAUGAUCAAACUUGAUAUAAGAAAUGUUGUGGUUAAUCACUAUAAGUUUCAGGCGUGGCCUGAGUUUAAGGCCAAGUUUAAAAGAAGGGUUUCCGCUUAUGUUCCGGAUUGGACUGAAAGUGUGAGUCCUAACUCUCAAGAUCGGACUCCAGGGCUCGGAGUCACACCAGUUGAACCGCAAGGGUGGCCGUACAAGUUCUGCGAGGUUCGUGAUAAUGGCUUGAAGAUGCUUUCAGAACAAUGGUUUGGAAAGGCUUCGCAAUCAGGGACGUCAUUCACAGCUUUAGGAAGAUAAAACUCACAAAUGUACAUAUAAAACAUAUCAUAAUGCUUUCUAACAUUAUGUAAUUUAAAAUCUCAGGAACCAGCUUCAUGCAAUUUUAAAUCAAAGACUUCACUCAAGUUUUCGAAUA